UCCGCGGGCCGCCUACAAGCCAUCCUCGUAAAACUAGUUUCGGACCCUCCAAGUUGAUAUUCUCUAGCACUCACCUGUCUCGUGAUUGAUUGAUCGUCUCAUCACGGCAACAUGCAGCACCAUCUACUUGUGGCUGCAGCGGUAGCUUCGCUCUUCAGCUCAGUUAUCGCAGGAGGACAAUACGCGCCCACGGUCUGGACAACGAGUGGUGCUCUCAUCGGCCAUCAAGCGUCCAACAGGUCCUAUGUGACGGAAUUCCUGGGCAUUCGCUAUGCCGAAGCCCCUGUGGGGGAGCUGCGGUUUGCGGCGCCCAAGAAGUAUGUGGCAUCAAAGGGAACCGUCUUUGAGGCCUCCGAAUGGUCAGCCGACUGUCCUGCAAACAAGCCACCAGUGAGCGCCUUCCCAAACUUCACACAGCCAUCCGGCUUGCGUGUUUGGAAGAACUUCGCGGCGCAAAACAGCAACCCCGUGUCCGAGGACUGCUUGAAGCUAAAUGUCUGGACAAAGCACCCCGGUGACACGACGGCGAGGAAGCCCGUGCUGGUGUUCCUCCACGGUGGACGAUUCCAAAUUCCAGGACCUCAUAGUCCCUUCUACAGCGGUCAAUAUCUGUCUGAUGCCGAGGACGUAGUUGUUGUCACACCCAAUUACCGCCUAGGAAUCUUUGGCUUCGCUGGGGCCCCAGGCGUUGAAGCAAAUGCAGCACUGCGCGACCACCGUGCGGCUGUCGAAUGGGUACGCGACAACAUCGCAGGCUUUGGCGGCGAUGCGUCGCGCAUUGUCGUCUUCGGUCAGAGUGCUGGUGGCGCCUCUGUCGAUUACUGGUCUUUCGCCCACAAGAAGGAUCCCAUCGUCUCUGGCCUUAUCCCCAUGUCUGGAACCUCCCUAAGCUUCCUCCCCAAUACUAAGGAGUAUUCUCAAUCGCUGUGGUAUAAUGUGUCCCAGACCGUUGGCUGCGGUGGUCCCAACGACGACUCCACUGCGGUACUUUCUUGCGUCCGUUCCAAGAAUGCAUCGGUUCUUCUGGCUGCGGCUGCCCGAGUGCCGCCACUGCCCACUCUAGCUCUAUCGCAAGCGACCUUUCACCCAACCAUCGACAACGUCACGGUCUUUGCAGACUACGAGCAGUUGUCGGCUUCUGGCGCCUUCGCCAAGAUCCCAUUGCUGGCUGGCAAUGCUGACCAUGAAGAUGGUUGGUACCGAAUCGCUGGAUGGGGCGCCAAGCUCAACUUCACAAACGCUCAAUGGGAUCUCUUUACCCAGCGCGCCUUUACCUGCCCAACUGCCUAUUCGACCAAUUACAGAGUCCAGUAUGGAGUACCGACGUGGCGCUAUAGAUACCACGGUGACUGGGACAAUCUUCGCCUUUACAAUGGAUCUGCAGGUCUUGGACCCAGAGGUAGCGCCGCUUACCAUGGCUCUGAUCUGAACAUGGUGUUUGGCACCGCUGAAGAUGUCUCAGGCCUCAAGAACACGCCUGCUGAAGAUGCUACAAUCAGGUACAUUCAAGGCGCGUGGGCUGCGUUUGCCAGGGACUCUAGAUUUGGCCUGACGAGGUACGGAUGGCCAGCGUACAAGAACAGUGGCAAAUCUCUCGUGCAGUUGGCGUAUAACAACGACCCAAGGCCGAACUUUGUCGAUCCGGCAGUAUACGAUGCGGCGUGCCCCGCAAAGAACGAUCCUUUGCCUGGACGAGGUGCCUUCUAGAAACAAUGAUGCAUUGUAUGUAAGAUUAGCCAAUAGUCAAUGCACAACCUGGCGCGAGCAGACCUUUCCAUGUCUCUCGUUGUCAUGCAUUGAUAUCAUUCCAACAUGCUAGA